GGGUGUUCAAAUACUGCUGUUCCUCACUGUCAGCAGUCUCUUAGUCAUCCCCUGUACUGUCUGCAGUCUCUGGUCAUCUAUACUGUGCCCGCAGUCUCUGGUCAUCUCCCGUACUGUGCCCGCAGUCUCUGGUCAUCUCCCGUACUGUGCCCGCAGUCUCUGGUCAUCUCCCGUACUGUGCCCGCGCAGUCUCUGGUCAUCUCCCGUACUGUGCCCGCAGUCUCUGGUCAUCUCCCGUACUGUGCCCGCAGUCUCUGGUCAUCUCCCGUACUGUGCCCGCAGUCUCUGGUCAUCUCCCGUACUGUGCCCGCAGUCUCUGGUCAUCUCCCGUACUGUGUCCGCAGUCUCUGGUCAUCUCCCGUACUGUGUCCGCAGUCUCUGGUCAUCUCCCGUACUGUGUCCGUAGUCUCUGGUAAUCUCCCGUACUAUGUCCGCAGUCUCUGGUCAUCCCCUGUACUAUGUCCGCAGUCUCUGGUCAUCUCCUUUACUAUGUCCACAGUC